ACACCUUCGACAGAUGGCGCUAACGGUCACCCGCUUCCACUUUCAUGACAUCACGGUGAGGGCUCUUCUUACUGGAUAGUUCUGCCUGUAUAAACACCAGUUAACGACAAGCUCCUCAAUCCAAAGGAAUCAAUGCUAUGGACUUGUCAGGGUCCAAGCGGGUAACAAAGUGAUGGUCUAAAGACUCACAGUCACAAGGGGUGCUUGCGCCUGGAAUGUUGCGCUGGUCGGUGCAUCUAGAAGGAGGGCCACGGAGAGUCAACCAUGCUGCUGUGGCGGUGGGGCAUAAGGUCUACUCCUUUGGGGGCUACUGCUCUGGGGAGGACUACGAGACGCUGCGUCAGAUCGAUGUGCACGUCUUCAACUCAGUGUCUCUGCGCUGGAUGAAGUUGCCCCCAGUGAGGACGGGGGGACACGAACGGGCUCGUGAAGUACCGUACAUGCGUUAUGGCCACACAGCUGUGCUGCUGGAUGAUACAAUCUACCUCUGGGGCGGGCGUAAUGACACAGAGGGGGCCUGCAACGUACUGUACGCCUUUGAUGUCAAUACCCACAGGUGGUUCACACCCAAGAUUUCAGGGGCAGUUCCUGGGGCGAGGGAUGGCCACUCAGCCUGUGUGCUAGGAAAGGCCAUGUACAUAUUUGGAGGAUACGAACAGCUGGCUGACUGCUUUUCUAAUGACAUUCACCGUCUGGAUACCACCACCAUGGUUUGGUCGCUAAUUAAUGCCAGAGGCACACCGGCACGAUGGAGAGACUUCCACUCAGCCACCAUCAUUGGGACAAAAAUGUUUGUGUUUGGAGGGAGGGCAGAUCGCUUUGGCCCUUUCCACUCCAACAACGAGAUUUACUGCAACAAGAUCAAAGUGUUCGACACAGAGACCAACUGCUGGCUGAGCACCCCGACCACACAGCUGUCGCCGGAGGGACGCAGGAGUCAUUCAGCCUUCUGCUACAAUGGAGAGCUCUAUAUAUUUGGAGGCUACAAUGCCCGCCUGGACCGGCACUUCAACGACCUUUGGAAGUUUAAUCCAGAACAAUUCUUGUGGAAGAAGGUAGAGCCAAAGGGGAAAGGCCCGUGUCCACGGCGGCGGCAGUGCUGCUGUAUGGUCGGAGAUCGAAUCGUCCUCUUCGGAGGAACAAGCCCCUGCCCAGAGCAAGGGAUGGGGGAUGAAUUUAACCUCAUGGAUCAUUCAGAUUUGUACAUCUUAGACUUCAGCCCUAAUUUGAAGACAUUAUGCAAAAUAGCUGUUAUUCAGUACAGUCUGGAGCAGUCAGGACUCCCACAUGAUAUCAGAUGGGAACUGGCAGCCAUGACGACCAACAGCAACAUCAGUAGACCCAUCUUCUCCUCGCAUGGUUGACGCUGCUGCAGACAAAACAGAACCAGGACUCUGUUUCAGAAAAGCUGAACCUUUAUUUUUAAAUCAUUCUGGUCUACCGUACUCAGAGGACGGCUUUGGAUUUAUCUUCCACAUUCUUCAACUGAAAACUCAUCACUGACCAAACUGUCCUGGCAUAAGACUUCAACAGACAGAAGGGCCUUGCCCUGCCUAAGGAUGUAUUUUAAUCCUCGACACUCAUUGUUGUGGGCGAUGACAGAUUUUCCUCUUCUUUCUAUCCUCUCUAGGAACCCAAUCAGCCUAUGAUAAUCAUAGACAUGCAACUUCUAAUCUUAAGCACAGGAAUCGACGAGAAUUUCAGCCAAAGGCUCUUGAGCACGAGCGACCGUUGAAGAUGUCAAACGCCCUGAAGAAACAAACCUUCAGCUGCAGAUCUGAAGAGACUGGCUCACAUUCAGUAAAGGACAGAGUUAUCAAGACUGCAAUCCUGGAGUGUUUUGCUUGCAGAAAGUCUAAGUUGUUUACUUGUUUCACCACAACAUGAAAGCCUCCCUGCUGCUCUGAAAUGGCUCCUAAAUGAUUUACAAGACAGCUAGAGAAAGCUGUAAAAUAAUCAAGGGCAUCUACCUCCCUCUAAAGUAUUUCUCAUUGGGUCUUUGACACCUCCUGUACAUUCGACACCUGCUUGUCCCC